CCACACAAGAAUCGCAAUCCCCACCUCCUCCUGAGAGCAGAUAGAUACCUCUCCCUGUCCGUGUCUCCUCUCCAGGUCCAGGACAGGAUUAAUCAAUGAAUCAAUCAGCUGCAGGCCUGCGCCUGAUUUCCCAUUAUACUAAUGCUAUUAGCGGCAAGGCAACCGUUUGGUUUGGGGCCUCUUCCCUCCCUCCGAAGCUAGCUUAGCUUAAACAGAACAGGACGGCUUGCCAUUUGUCCCUCUCUGGGCUUGGAGCUUUCCUUCUUCUUCCGGCGCUAGCUGCUCUUGAUUUGCUUUGCUUUGCUGGGGGAGAGAGAGCGCUCUCCAGAUCGAGCAACAACCCACGACUCCUCAGGUUGCGGUUCCACGACGGACGAGCAAAAAAAAUAAAAUAAAAACUGGUGACCUGAGUAGGGUUUAUCCGCUCCAAAUUGCGGCGGCGGAGGGUCGUCCAGGGGAGAGAUGAAAUCCUCCGCCAAUUUCCUGUCGAUCCUGGUGCUGCUGGUGUUCCUGGCCGCGGAGAAUGCGCGGGCGCAGCCCCAGCCGAUCCUCAUAAACUGCGGCUCGGAUUCCACCACCAGCGUCGAUGCCAGGACAUGGAUUGGGGAUUCUUCCCCUUCCAACAACUUCACGCUCAGCUUCCCCGGGGCCAUCGCCUCGGCGGCUCCGGCUCCGGCUCCGGGAGUUGAUGGAGAACAAGACCCGUACGGAGAUUUGUACAAGACCGCCCGUGUCUUCAACGCCUCCUCCAGCUACAGGCUCGCCGUCGCCCCCGGGAGCUACUUCCUCCGCCUCCAUUUCAGCCAGCAGUUCGCCAAUCUCGGCGCCCAGGAGCCCAUCUUCAGUGUCGCGGCAAAUGGCCUGAGGCUGCUCUCCAAGUUCAGCGUCCACGGAGAGAUUUCUUGGAGGGAUUCUCAGAUCAACUCAACGAGCAGCGUCAUCGUCAAGGAGUACCUUCUCAAUGUCACUUCUGGUAAACUGGGCAUUGAGUUCACCCCCGAUGAAGGGUCCUUCGCCUUCAUCAAUGCCAUGGAGGUUCUACCUGUGUCUGGCACCUCAAUUUUUGAUUCAGUCAACAAGGUGGAUGCUCAUGGGUUGAAAGGCCCUUUUAGCCUCGACGGCGACGGGAUCGAGACCAUGUACAGGCUGUGUGUGGGAUGCAUCGAUGUACUGCCGAGGAAAGAGGAUCCAGGAUUGUGGAGGAGGUGGGAUAAAGAUGAGCAUUUCAUAUUCUCUCUCAACGCCGCGAAUUCCAUCUUCAACUCUUCCAACAUAAGUUAUGUGUCUGCUGAUGAUCCCACAGUAGCCCCUUUGAGGCUCUAUCAGAGUGCAAGGGUGCCAACAGAGAGUUCGGUCUUGGGAAAGAAGUUCAAUGUCUCAUGGAGCUUUAACAUUGACCCUGGCUUUGAUUACUUGGUCCGGCUGCAUUUCUGCGAGCUGCAGUAUGACAAGGCUGAGCAACGCAAGUUCAAGAUUUACAUAAACAACAAGACCGCUGCAGAGAGCUAUGAUGUGUUUGCCAGAGCUGGGGGCAAGAACAAGGCCUUUUAUGAAGACUUCCUUGAUGCUGCCUCACCUCAGAUGGACACUCUUUGGGUUCAGCUGGGGGCUGAGUCUUCAGCAGGUUCCGCGGCUGCUGAUGCUCUUCUCAAUGGCAUGGAGAUCUUUAAGGUCAGCCGGGAAGGAAAUCUUGCCCAUCCAACCGUCAGGAUUGGAGGCAUCAGUGGUGGUGCAAGCAAACCAAAACGGAGCCCCAAGUGGGUGCUAAUUGGUACUGCUUCCGGUCUGAUAAUUUUUAUCGCAAUUGCUGGUGGUCUUUAUUUUGGUUUCAAUCUGCGACGGAAGAAAAAUAGUUCAGCCAGCAAAGCCAAGGACAAUCUCCAUGGUGCUACACAUACGCGUUCUCCCACUCUUCGCACAGCUGGGGCAUUUGGGAGCAACAGGAUGGGCAGGCGGUUCACCAUUGCAGAAAUCAGAACAGCCACCGUGAACUUUGAUGAGUCCUUGGUGAUUGGGGUUGGAGGCUUUGGCAAGGUCUACAAGGGUAUAAUGGAGGAUGGCACUCGGGUGGCAAUUAAGAGGGGGCAUACAGAUUCUCACCAGGGUCAGGGUGUGAAGGAAUUCGAAACUGAGAUCGAGAUGCUCUCAAGGUUGCGGCACCGGCACCUUGUGCCCUUGAUUGGCUAUUGUGAUGAGCAAAACGAGAUGGUCUUAGUUUAUGAGCACAUGGCAAAUGGCACAUUAAGGAGCCAUCUUUAUGGAAGUGACCUUCCUGCUCUUACAUGGAAGCAAAGGCUUGAAAUAUGUAUCGGCGCAGCACGAGGGCUUCACUACCUUCACACCGGGCUUGACAGGGGUAUAAUCCACAGGGAUGUCAAGACUACCAACAUUUUGUUAGACGACAACCUUGUUGCCAAGAUGGCAGAUUUUGGCAUCUCAAAAGAUGGUCCAGCUUUAGAUCAUACUCAUGUUAGUACUGCUGUCAAAGGGAGUUUUGGUUACCUCGAUCCAGAGUACUAUAGGAGACAGCAGUUAACGCCAAGUUCAGAUGUGUACUCUUUUGGUGUCGUGCUGUUUGAAGUGCUGUGUGCUCGACCAGUCAUAAAUCCAACCCUGCCAAGAGACCAAAUAAACCUUGCUGACUGGGCUCUGAACAGGCAAAGGCACAGGUUACUUGAGACCAUAAUCGACCUUCGAUUGGAUGGAAAUUACACACUGGCGUCCGUCAAGAAAUCCAGCAAGAUAGCAGAAAAAUGCCUGGCAGAUGAGGGGGUGAACCGGCCUUCGAUGGGCGAAGUCCUCUGGCACCUAGAGAGUGCUUUGCAGUUGGAACAAGGUCAUCCGCAAAGCACAAAUGCUGAUGGUUGUUCAGACCCUCAACUGAAGCCUUCUGAUGUACCUACCCGUGUGGCGUGCAUCAAAGAAGAUGAGCAAUCCACUCGUCCAGGCUCCCACAAUUCAGAUGGGCAAGUUGUUGAUGUCAAGAUUGAGGUGCCAUGAUACAGAAGGGCUUUCGAAGUUUCAAGCAAAAUGAAUAGGGUGGGUGUCCAGCUAACAACAUGCUUAGGUGCAUGUCACUUGUAGUACUGUAACGCCAUAUGUCGAGGUCCCUACAAUAUACUGAAAUUCUUUUGGUA